CAGCGCUCACCAUCGACACGGAGCCGGCGCCGGCGUCGAGCGCCUCGGCGGCGCAGCUGCGCGUCGAGCAGCGAGAGGCGCGCCGCCGCAGCAUGGCGACGGAGCUGCCCAAGCCGUCGCGAUGGGGCACGUGGGAGUACCGCCUCUAUGCCGCCAUCGUGUGCGCCGCGGUUCCCUACAUGGUGUAUGUGCCCGUGCAGCUGAGCCAGCAGCGUCAGCGCCGAACUUCCCGCGCUAUCGCUCGCACCUGCGUCAAGGCUGGCUCUUUGGGCGGUUACGAGACGACUCAGACUUCCAGUACAAGACGUUCCGCGAGCACUUUCCGCUGCUCGCCGUGCUGCUGGCCGUAUACUGUUCGCUCUCGUGGCUCUCCUCGCGCUUCGGCGGCGGCAAGGCGGCGCAGGUGCCCAGCCUGCGCAGCUCAGGGCACAGCCAGAGCACUGCUGCGCCGCAGCGCCGCUUCUUCCUUGCAGUCUUCACUGCCGUCUUCGUCAUUGCGCUGCACGGCACCAACGCGCUCAAGCUCGGACUCGUGCUGCUCAUCAACUACACCAUCGCACGCUCGUUUGGCGGCACGCGCGUUGCGCCCGUGCUGAUCUGGACGUUCAACAUCGGCACGCUGGCGGCCGUGCACUGGAAUGACGGCUUCCCCUGGCGGGAUCUGAGCUGGCAGCUCGGCUGGCUUGAUGACUACCCCGGCCUGCUGCCUCGCUGGCAGAUCAACUUCAAUAUCUCCAUGCUGCGCCUCGUCUCGUACGCGCUCGACCUGCACUGGGCACGGCAGGCACCGCCCAAGCUCUACGAGCCCGAGCCGGAGCCGCGCAAGCGUGCAGCCACGUCGCUGUCGCAGGAAAAGUACUCGUUCGGGCACUACCUGCUCUACGUCUGCUACCCGCCGCUCUUCAUUGCCGGCCCCAUCAUGGGCUUCAACGACUUUGUACGGCAGCUCGACAACCCGCCACGGCUGACGCGGGCCUCGCGCAUCAGCUACGCCGUGCGCUUCGCCGCCUGCCUGCUGACGAUGGAGCUUGUGCUGCACUACAUCUACGUCAACGCCAUCAAGGACUCGAAGGCGUGGGCCGGCAGCACGCCGAUGCAGCUGAGCAUGAUCGGCUUCUGGAACCUGAUCAUCGUGUGGCUCAAGCUCCUCAUCCCCUGGCGCUUCUUCCGCCUCUGGGCGCUGCUGGACGGCGUCGAGCCGCCGGAGAACAUGGUGCGCUGCAUGGCGAAUAACUACUCGACGAUGGGCUUCUGGCGCAGCUGGCACCGCAGCUACAACCUUUGGACUGUCCGCUACAUCUACGUGCCUGUCGGCGGCUCGAAGAACCUCAUCCCGGCUACACUCCUCGUCUUCACCUUCGUCGCGCUGUGGCACGACCUUAGCCUCAAGCUGCUGACGUGGGGCUGGCUCGUGACCGCCUUCAUCGUGCCUGAGCUGGCCGCCGCCGCGCUGCUGCCGGCGAAGCGCUUCGGCACGCAGUGGUGGUACCGCCACGUGUGCGCGUUCGGCGGCGUGCUCAAUGUCCUGCUCAUGAUGACGGCGAACCUGGUCGGCUUUGCGAUUGGCACCGAGGGCAUGAAGUACAUGUGGCAGGAGCUGCUCGGCACCUGGAACGGCCUGCGCUUCCUGGCGGCCGCCUGCUGUGCGCUCUACUGCGCCGUGCACAUCAUGUUCGAGUGCAGGGCCGAAGAACUGCGACAUGGCAUCGCGCGCAAGUGCUGAUCCCCAGUGAAUUUAUAUCUAGACCCAC